AUGAAUAUAGUUACAUAUAACAUAAAGAGGUGUGGUAGCUUGGUUAAGAGGAAAAAAAUUAGGAGUUAUUUAACAAAAGGAGGGGCAGACAUUUGUUUUAUUCAAGAAACAAAAAGUUGUAAAAUGAAUGAUGAAGUGGUCCAAAGCAUCUGGGGUAGCAGUGAUUAUCUCUGGCCUGCUUUGGACUUUAGAGGUCAAUCUGGGGAAAUUUUCACCAUUUGGAGAAAGGGUGUGCUUGAACCUAUAAUCAGUUGUAGGGGGAAUGGUUAUUUAGGACUAAAUGCUUCAUGGAAGGGUAAAAAAUUUUACUUUCUUAAUGUAUAUUCAUCAUGCAUCUUGUCUGAGAAAAGGGCUAGGUGGAGUGAAAUCUUAGAACUCAAAGGCAGCUUGGGUGAGGGAGAAUGGAUUUUUGGUGGAGAUUUUAAUUCUAUCAAAAAUUCUGAGGAGAGGUUUGGUAGAGGGGGACAUAAUAGACUAGAGAUGAAGGAAUUUGGGAAUUUAUAA